CUCCCUGUAUCCGCCUUCUCUCUCCUCCUGGACUUUUAGCCUUCCAGGGCUCUCCUUCCUCAUGUCCUGCCUCCUCUGUCUCAAGGCUCAAAGUGGAUGCCCUUGUGGACAAGGGGGGCACACUCUAGGACUUAGUCCAACCCCAGAUGCUGCCUGAGGCUUCCCUCCUGCUCCCCCUCCCUUUCUUUCCUCCCUUCCCUCCCUCCCUCUCGUUCCCUUCCUCCCUCCCCCCCAAGGCUGGCGUGCCAGGGGGUGGGACAUGCCAAUCACUGGCUGUGCCUCUCCCGCUGCCAGCACAGGGCGCAGCUCCCCCCGGGAGCCAGGUGUUUGGGUCCCAGGAGACGCUGCAGGCCCCCGGAGAAGCAGUGAAGCUGAGGACCCCACAGACCCCUCUCCGGUCCCCUGGGCACCCUGAAUCCCACCUCCCCCAUCCACCUUCAGCCCCCCAAGAUGGACUGAAAGAGACUGCUGGCCAGAUGGACAAGCUGGAUGCCAAGGUGAUGCCCUUUCUCUGAGGAAAACUUGUGACUGGAAGGGGCUGCCCCUUCAUCUCACCUGGCUGAAAUGAACACCUCAGCGCCCCCUGCUGUCAGCCCCAACAUCACCGUCUUGGCACCAGGAAAGGGUCCCUGGCAAGUGGCCUUCAUCGGGAUCACCACAGGGCUCCUGUCUCUGGCUACAGUGACAGGCAACCUGCUGGUCCUCAUCUCCUUCAAGGUCAACACAGAGCUCAAGACAGUCAACAACUACUUCCUGCUGAGCUUGGCCUGUGCUGACCUCAUCAUUGGCACCUUCUCCAUGAACCUCUAUACCACAUACCUGCUCAUGGGGCACUGGGCUCUGGGCACACUGGCUUGUGACCUCUGGCUGGCUCUGGACUAUGUGGCCAGCAACGCCUCGGUCAUGAAUCUUCUGCUCAUCAGCUUUGACCGUUACUUCUCAGUGACCCGACCCCUGAGCUACCGAGCCAAGCGCACUCCCCGCAGGGCAGCUCUGAUGAUUGGCCUGGCAUGGUUGGUUUCCUUCGUCCUCUGGGCCCCAGCCAUCCUCUUCUGGCAAUACCUGGUUGGGGAGCGGACAGUGCAGGCCGGGCAGUGCUACAUCCAGUUCCUCUCUCAACCCAUCAUCACUUUUGGCACAGCCAUGGCCGCCUUCUACCUCCCCGUCACAGUCAUGUGUACGCUCUACUGGCGCAUCUACCGCGAGACAGAAAACCGAGCCCGGGAGCUGGCAGCCCUACAGGGCUCUGAGACCCCAGGCAAAGGUGGUGGCAGCAGCAGCAGCUCAGAGAGGUCACAGCCAGGGGCUGAGGGCUCACCGGAGUCACCUCCGGGCCGCUGCUGUCGCUGCUGCCGGACACCCAGGCUUCUGCAGGCUUACAGCUGGAAAGAGGAAGAGGAAGAGGAUGAAGGCUCCAUGGAGUCCCUCACAUCCUCUGAGGGCGAGGAACCCGGCUCAGAAGUGGUGAUCAAGAUGCCCAUGGUAGACCCUGAGGCACAGGCACCAACCAAGCAGCCCCCCAAAACCUCCCCGAAUACAGUCAAGAGGCCCACCAAGAAAGGCCGAGACCGAGGUGGCAAGAGCCAAAAACCCCGAGGGAAGGAACAACUGGCCAAGCGAAAGACCUUCUCACUGGUCAAGGAGAAGAAGGCAGCUCGGACCCUGUGUGCUAUCCUGCUGGCCUUCAUCCUCACCUGGACACCAUAUAACAUUAUGGUGCUGGUGUCUACCUUCUGCAAGAACUGUGUUCCCGAGACCCUAUGGGAGCUGGGCUACUGGCUGUGCUAUGUCAACAGCACUGUCAACCCCAUGUGCUACGCACUCUGCAACAAAGCCUUCCGGGACACUUUCCGCCUGCUGUUGCUCUGCCGCUGGGACAAGCGGCGCUGGCGCAAGAUCCCCAAGCGCCCUGGCUCUGUGCACCGCACCCCCUCCCGCCAAUGCUAAUGGCCCCCUCUCCUGCAUCCUUCCACCCCAGCUCCAGGGAGAGGCCGGUGGAAAGUGUCCAUAGGCUGUAUCUUCAGUCCCAGGGCCCUGCUCAGGCCUCCCCUGGCUUCCCAGGCCCCUGGGUCACCUUCCUGGACAGCCCAGAGAGACUACUAGCUUUCCAAACUUUGCUAUUCCCAGACAGGGAGUGAAACCCGGGGAACUGGUUUCUCUGUUCCCUGCUGUGUGGGAAUAGGCUAUUCACCAGGAAGAAGGUCCAGGAGGAGGAUCCGGGUUUUGGACUCUGUUUGCGUUUAGGCAGGAAGUCAGGAGCCAGCAGGGCGGGCCAGUAGUUUAACGUUGUUGUCUUCCUUGGCCCGGCAGGGGGCCCAAAUUGUCAUGGGAAAUAGCGCCCCCUGGGUGUAUAGGCAGGAGCUGACACAAAGUUUGGGACUAUGAGCUGGAGAUCCCCUCUCUGCACAGGCAUAGCGCAUCCAGGUAGGCCCUAGGCACACUCUUGGGAUUGUCCAGCCUCCCUACAAAUAUCCCCAGGUCAUCCCUACGUGAGUCACCUCCAAAGCAAAUGUCCAAGUGUGGGGAGGACGAUAAUGCCAGAGGAGAUCACCAAGUCCAGAAACUGCAGCAGGACCAGAUGUCAGGUGUCCUAACUGACCCACUAUGUCACUUUCCGGGGUGGGAGGGAGAUAAGGUACCUGCUAUCCAGUCCCACACCUCUCCCUCUCCCCCUCUCUCUCUCUCUCUCUCUCUCUCUCUCUCUCUCUCUCUCUCUCUCUCUCUGCCCCAAAGUAACCUCAGUCCCUCCCUCCUGGAUCACAGCCACCACCUGGGUGGAUCUGCUCUGGGCGGAUCUAGCCAGGCCUCCUGCAUGCUGCCUGCCUCCAGCCUUGCCCCACACAGGCCUGGCUCAGCCAGCAGGUUCUCUUCUGUAAACUCCCCAGUCCAACCCAUGCAUGGCCUCCCUGCCUCCCUAAUCUCCAGACUCUGCCUGGUCCCAGAUGUUCUCUCCUUCCAUCCUCAGCGUAUGCUG